AUGGAUGCCGCAACGAGCUCUCGGUUUCUUCCACAAAUGAAGCUUGCGGGAUCUGAUCUCCGCUGUUUGAAUCGUAAUUCUUCAAGUUUCUGCCCUCAGACACGGCAGGCCAUGCCUACCUGCUGUGGUUCAUCAGGGGGAAAACAAUUUCUUGAUAUAGCUACAUGUGAAGGAUCUAUUUCGUGUUUUGACUCGACCGAUAAAGAAAGUAGGGUUCUUGGAGGAUUAGCACAUGAUUUUCCGGUUCAGAAGAGAAACCCAGUUGGGAAAACAUUUUGCUCUGCAGAAGUGUGCACAUACCCCGGGAGUGCUAUUGAAUCUCAUUCACACACUUCAGAGGAAAAGAUAGGAGUGCUGCUUUUGAAUCUUGGAGGACCAGAAACACUUCAUGAUGUUCAGCCAUUUUUGUUCAACUUGUUUGCAGAUCCGGAUAUCAUACGUCUCCCUAGGUUGUUCAGAUUCCUCCAACAACCAUUGGCGCAACUCAUUUCUGUACUCCGGGCUCCCAAAAGUAAGGAAGGGUAUGCUGCCAUUGGAGGUGGUUCGCCUUUGCGAAAAAUAACGGAUGAACAGGCUAAUGCACUUAAAAUGGCAUUGGAAGCCAAGGAAGUCCCUGCAAAUGUCUAUGUUGCCAUGCGGUACUGGCACCCCUUUACUGAGGAAGCUGUUAAGCAGAUUAAAAGGGACAGGGUUACAAAACUUGUAGUGCUGCCUCUCUAUCCGCAAUAUUCCAUCUCUACGACUGGGUCAAGCAUCCGUGUUUUGCAGAGCAUCUUCAGUCCUGGUAUCAACGAGAAGGUUAUAUCAAUUCUAUGGGCUGACUUGAUUGAGAAGGAGUUAAAGAUUUUCUCUAAACCUGAGGAGGCCUUGAUAUUCUUCAGUGCCCAUGGGGUACCAGUCAGUUACGUUGAGGAUGCGGGUGAUCCAUACAGAGAUCAGAUGCAGGAGUGCAUUCACUUGAUAAUGGAAGAAUUGAAAUCAAGAGGAAUAAAAAAUGAUCAUACUCUAGCUUAUCAGCCCUACACUGAUGAAGUUCUUGUUGAGCUUGGCCAAAAAGGUGUGAAGAAUCUCCUGGCUGUUCCUGUGAGCUUUGUGAGUGAGCAUAUAGAGACCCUUGAAGAGAUUGAUAUGGAGUACAAGCACUUGGCUCUGGAAUCUGGCAUUGAAAACUCUGGGGCCGAGUUCCUGCUCUAA